AUUUAAUUGUGAAAAAGCGCUUGUAGAGCCACCAAAACUCGAAAAAAAGGAAAAAUCGCAUAAAGCAAUUGCUUAACCGGGGGGCAUGAUAGCAGGUGGCACUAUAGGAAAGGUCGGUGGUCGGUCGCCCUUGAAAGUACGAGAAACCGCAAAAGCUGCCAUUUUCGAACGCAAAUUGAUUAGAAAUUAGAAAAUAGAGAUGGCGAAGCAAGAAAGCAUAGAGCCGUGCAAGAAAGAAGCAUGCUACAUUCAAGCAUGUCUCUCCAAGAACAACUUCCUCCCUCAAAAGUGCAUUACAGUCAUUGAAUUGCUGCAGUCUUGCUGCGAGAAACACAAUUACAAUUCGACUCACUGUGCUUCGCUCUCUGGUCUUUUGAAGCAAAAGCCGAAGUAGAAAGUGUUGUCAAUUUUGCACUUAAUGACUAAAUGUAGCUCUACCUCUAUCAUACUCCAGGCAAAAUACCACAGCAGCCAAAUGCUUGAUGUGAUUACGACUUUCUAUAAGCUUCUCUUGUUACGAGAUGCUUAUGGCACAUUAAAUGCAAUAAAAGGUGGGGGAGGGAAAACAAAAAUAGUGUAAAGGAUGCUAGAAAAGUUUUCUGUUGAUGUCUUGAUUGAUACACUUGUGUGCAUAAGGUUUUAUUUUCAUACAUGUGAAUCGAUCUAGAGCUGGAUUCUUUUUCACGUAAAUAAAAGAAGGCAAUAUGUUUUUUUAA